GCAUUGGUUACAUGGCUUGUUAACACGGAGGUGUUAUAUAAACAUAAAAUUUUAACGGAGAUAAAUGAAGGCCGAUAGUUUUGACAAACUAAACUCCACUAUAAAUAGCUUGUUGUAUAUAUUUGCCAGAAGGAAAGAAGUUUUCGCAAUAGUACUUAAGGACAAUAAUUUACAAUUAGCAGAUUUCUUCUAAAAUAUUGACCUUUAAAUUUAACUGAAUCGUCGUCUUUAAAUUUUUCUUGUAGCUUAUAUCAUAAAUAUGUCAGCAUCUCGCAAAAAAGUUCUUUUGAAAGUAAUUAUUUUAGGAGAUAGUGGUGUCGGUAAAACUUCGUUGAUGAAUCAGUAUGUAAACAAAAAGUUCAGUAAUCAAUACAAAGCUACUAUUGGUGCUGACUUUUUAACUAAAGAAGUUAUGGUGGAUGAUAGGCUAGUUACAAUGCAGAUUUGGGAUACUGCAGGUCAAGAGCGUUUUCAAAGCUUAGGGGUGGCUUUCUAUCGUGGUGCAGAUUGCUGUGUGCUUGUUUUUGAUGUUACUGCUCCUAAUUCAUUUAAAACUCUAGAUAGUUGGAGAGAUGAGUUUUUAAUUCAGGCUAGUCCUCGAGAUCCUGAAAAUUUUCCAUUUGUUGUGUUAGGGAAUAAAGUUGACUUGGAAAAUAGAGCGGUUUCAGCAAAACGUGCUCAACAAUGGUGUCAUAGCAAAAAUGAGAUUCCAUAUUUUGAAACAAGUGCAAAAGAAGGUAUCAACGUAGAGCACGCUUUUCAAACAAUUGCAAAAAAAGCACUUGCCCAAGAAGCAGACGUAGAACUAUACAAUGAUUUUCCAGAUCAAAUCAAAUUAAAUCCCGACAAUAAACCUCGCUCUAGCGACUGUGCUUGCUGAUUUUUUAUAUGAACAUAUUUAUUUUGUCUUGAAUGUAAUUUUGUUGAAAGGUUUUGGAUUAGGCGUAAACGUUUAUAAGCUUAUCUUGUGCAGCUGCACAAAUCACAAUAUUGAACCCUGGAUUUUCCAUAUUACUAUUUUCACAUUGCAUGUUUUUGAAUGCUUGUUAGCGUUCUCUAGGGCAGUUUCUUUAGCAUUUUGAAUUCGUUUUAAUUCGCUAGUUUUUAUAGUAUAAACAUUUUUCCAUAGUGUUUGCGUUCAUUCGCCAUUGUUUUAUUGUAUUUUUUUUUCUCAGGCGUGGCCGAGUUAAAUGUUUGUAAAAGAUUUAUUUGUUGUAAUUUAUAUAAUUAUCUUUGUCUUAUAUCAAUGUUUAAAAAAUUUUUUUUAUAUA